GCCCAAGGCCGAGAGCUUUACAAGCAGUCCCAUUGUGCUUAAGCACAUAACAUUAUCCCCAUUUUCCGGAGCGGGAAGGCGAGGCUCGGAAGGGUGCCGUGACUUGCCCGAGGUCACUCGGCCGGUCAGCGGCUCCGGGAUCGAGGCGGGGGGGCCGGUUGAGGCCGGCGCUGCAGGCGGCGGCGGCUGCGCGGCGAACGAGGCGGCCUGCGCGGCGGAGCGCGGAGCUCGGAUCCCCCCCUCGGUCCGGCCGGUGGAUCCUCAGGCCCGCGACCCGGGCCCGGGCCCGGCCCUAGCCUCAGCCCGAGCGUCCCGGGGCGGAUGGCGCGGGACGGUGGGCGCGGGCGGCGCUGAGCCCUGCGCGGGCCAUGGCCUCGGCGUGCGGGGCGCCGGGCCCGGGGGGCGCCGGGCCUGGGGGCGCGCUGGGCAGCCCGGCCCCCGCCUGGUACCACCGCGACCUGAGCCGCGCUGCCGCCGAGGAGCUGCUGGCCCGGGCAGGCCGCGAUGGCAGCUUCCUGGUCCGAGACAGCGAGAGCGUGGCGGGAGCCUUCGCGCUCUGCGUCCUGUAUCAGAAGCAUGUGCACACAUAUCGAAUUCUACCUGAUGGAGAAGACUUCCUGGCCGUACAGACCUCGCAGGGCGUGCCUGUGCGCCGCUUCCAGACCCUGGGCGAGCUCAUCGGCCUGUACGCCCAGCCCAACCAGGGCCUCGUGUGCGCCCUGCUGCUGCCUGUGGAGCGGGAGCGAGAGCCGGACCCGCAGGAUGACCGCGAUGCCUCAGAUGGGGAGGAUGAGAAGCCCCCGCUGCCCCCGCGCUCUGGCUCCACCAGCAUUUCUGCCCCCAUGGGGCCCAGCAGCCCCCCACCAGCCCCUGAGACCCCCACAACUCCUGCUGCUGAGAGUGCUCCUAAUGGGCUGAGCACGGUCUCACACGAGUACCUGAAGGGUAGCUACGGGCUGGACCUGGAGGCUGUGCGGGGCGGAGCCAGCAACCUGCCCCACCUCACCCGCACUCUCGCCACCUCGUGCCGGAGGCUGCACAGUGAGGUGGACAAGGUUCUGUCUGGCCUGGAGAUCCUGUCCAAGGUGUUUGACCAGCAGAGCUCACCCAUGGUGACUCGCCUUUUGCAGCAGCAGACCCCACCACAGACUGGGGAGCAGGAACUAGAGAGCCUGGUGCUGAAGCUGUCAGUGCUGAAGGACUUCCUCUCAGGCAUCCAGAAGAAGGCCCUGAAGGCCUUACAGGACAUGAGCUCCACAGCACCCCCAGCUCCGCUGCCGCCAUCCACACGUAAGGCCAAGACCAUCCCCGUGCAGGCCUUUGAGGUGAAGCUGGAUGUGACCCUGGGUGACCUGACCAAGAUUGGAAAGUCGCAGAAGUUCACGCUGAGCGUGGAUGUGGAGGGCGGGCGGCUGGUGCUGCUGCGGAGACAGCGGGACUCGCAGGAGGACUGGACAACCUUCACGCAUGACCGCAUCCGCCAGCUCAUUAAGUCCCAGCGAGUCCAGAACAAGCUGGGCGUGGUGUUUGAGAAGGAGAAAGACCGGACGCAGCGCAAGGACUUCAUCUUCGUCAGUGCCCGGAAGCGGGAGGCCUUCUGCCAGCUGCUGCAGCUCAUGAAGAACAAGCACUCCAGGCAGGACGAGCCUGACAUGAUCUCCAUCUUCAUAGGCACCUGGAACAUGGGAAGUGUGCCGCCUCCGAAAAAUGUGACAUCUUGGUUCACGUCAAAGGGUCUAGGGAAGACCCUGGACGAGGUCACGGUGACCAUACCCCAUGACAUCUAUGUUUUUGGGACCCAAGAGAACUCAGUGGGCGACCGUGAGUGGCUGGAUCUGCUACGCGGGGGCCUCAAGGAGCUCACAGAUCUGGAUUACCGCCCGAUUGCCAUGCAGUCACUGUGGAACAUCAAGGUGGCUGUGCUCGUCAAGCCCGAGCACGAGAACCGCAUCAGCCACGUCAGUACGUCCAGCGUGAAGACUGGCAUUGCCAACACCCUGGGAAACAAGGGAGCCGUGGGCGUCUCCUUCAUGUUCAAUGGCACCUCAUUUGGCUUUGUGAAUUGCCACCUCACCUCGGGAAAUGAGAAGACCGCCCGGCGGAACCAGAACUACCUGGACAUCCUGCGGCUGCUCUCACUGGGCGACCGGCAGCUCAGUGCCUUUGACAUCUCUCUGCGUUUCACUCACCUCUUCUGGUUCGGGGACCUCAACUACCGCCUGGACAUGGAUAUCCAGGAGAUCUUGAACUACAUCAGCAGGAAGGAGUUUGAGCCCCUGCUCAGGGUGGACCAGCUCAACUUGGAGCGGGAAAAGCACAAGGUCUUCCUUCGAUUCAGUGAGGAGGAGAUCUCCUACCCGCCCACCUACCGCUAUGAGCGGGGUUCACGGGACACGUAUGCCUGGCACAAGCAGAAGCCAACUGGGGUCCGGACCAACGUGCCUUCGUGGUGUGACCGGAUUCUCUGGAAAUCCUACCCCGAAACCCACAUCAUCUGCAAUUCCUAUGGUUGCACUGAUGACAUCGUCACCAGCGACCACUCUCCCGUGUUUGGGACAUUUGAGGUGGGAGUUACCUCUCAGUUCAUCUCUAAGAAAGGGCUCUCAAAGACUUCGGACCAGGCCUACAUUGAGUUUGAGAGCAUCGAGGCCAUUGUGAAGACGGCCAGCCGCACCAAGUUCUUCAUUGAGUUCUACUCCACCUGCCUGGAGGAGUACAAGAAGAGCUUUGAGAAUGAUGCCCAGAGCAGUGACAACAUCAACUUCCUCAAGGUGCAGUGGUCCUCGCGCCAGCUGCCCACGCUCAAGCCAAUUCUGGCUGACAUCGAGUACCUGCAGGACCAGCACCUCCUGCUCACAGUCAAGUCCAUGGACGGCUACGAAUCCUAUGGGGAGUGUGUGGUGGCGCUCAAGUCCAUGAUUGGCAGCACGGCCCAGCAGUUCCUGACCUUCCUGUCCCACCGCGGCGAAGAGACAGGCAACAUCCGUGGCUCCAUGAAGGUGCGGGUGCCCACAGAGCGCCUGGGCACCCGUGAGCGACUCUACGAGUGGAUCAGCAUUGACAAGGAUGAGGGGGGAGCAAAGAGUAAAGCGCCCUCUGUGUCCCGAGGCAGCCAGGAGCCCAGGUCAGGGAGCCGCAAGCCAGCCCCCGCAGAGGCCUCCUGCCCGCUGUCCAAGUUAUUUGAAGAACCAGAGAAACCACCACCAACUGGGAGGCCCCCAGCCCCACCUCGAGCUGCUCCCCGGGAGGAGCCCCAGACCUCCAGAGAAGGCAGGCGCCUCAGCACGGGAUUCCCCUGGGUGCGUUUUAUGGAACACUGUCCUACGAGAUGGCCCACUGGAAACGGGUUGAAGCCGGAGGGGGCUCCAGAGCCAGAAGGGGUGGCAGCCCCCCCACCCAAGAACAGCUUCAAUAACCCUGCCUACUACGUUCUUGAAGGAGUCCCACACCAGCUGCUGCCCCCAGAGCCACCCUCGUCUGCCAGGGCCCCUGUCCCACCUGCCACCAAGAACAAAGUGGCCAUCACAGUGCCUGCUCCACAGCUCGGGCGCCACCGGCCCCCCCGUGUGGGAGAGGGGAGCUCAUCAGAUGAGGAAUCUGGGGGCACACUGCCUCCUCCAGACUUUCCACCCCCACCUCUGCCAGACUCGGCCAUCUUCCUGCCCCCCAGCCUGGAUCCUUUGCCAGGGCCAGUGGUCCGGAGCCGCAGUGGGGGUGAGGCCCGUGCUCCACCACCUCCCAAGGCACAUCCAAGACCCCCACUGCCCCCAGGCCCCUCGCCCACCAGCACUUUCCUGGGGGAGGUCGCCAGCGGGGAUGAUCGCUCCUGCUCAGUGCUGCAAAUAGCCAAGACGCUGAGUGAGGUGGACUAUGCUCCUGCUGCAUCUGGCCGCUCAGUGCUCCUGCCAGGCCCUUUGGAGCUGCAGCCACCCCGGGGACUGCCCUCGGACUAUGGCCGACCUCUCAGCUUCCCUCCGCCCCGAAUCCGAGAGAGCAUCCAGGAGGAUCUGGCAGAGGAGGCUCCGUGCCCGCAGGGCGGGCGGGCCGGCGGGCUGGGCGAGGCUGGCAUGGGCGCCUGGUUGCGGGCCAUCGGCUUGGAGCGCUAUGAGGAGGGCCUGGUGCACAAUGGCUGGGACGACCUGGAGUUUCUCAGCGACAUCACCGAGGAGGACCUGGAGGAGGCUGGGGUGCAGGACCCGGCUCACAAGCGCCUCCUUCUGGACACCCUGCAGCUCAGCAAGUGAUGGCCGUGGCACCGCGAAGCGGCGAACUCAGCGCCCCUUCCCCCCGCGAAGACCCAGCCGUGUCCCCCGGAGUAUGAGGGGCGGGGCAGUACCUCUUUGCCUAUUUAUUGGGGAUCUGCGUUCCCCACUGCCCAAACACUUGGAAUGCCCCAGUUGGGACAUCCUGCCCCUCGCCCUUUAGACCCGGGGCUCCGGAAGUCAGUUGCCGUGGUUACCAAGGACCUUGGUUAUUCUGGUGCUGUCCUCCCUUUCUGGACCCCUCCUCCCAGCGCCAGGGGUGCCCGUGGGGUCCACUUGGGUACGUCUGGGCCCCCACUUUCACCGCUGUGUCUGCUGCACUCCACCGGCUUGAACCACAGCGGGAGGGGCUGGGCUAGGACCUGUCUACCCCCACUCUGGGGUGUCCGUCCGGAAAUGAAGGAAUAGCCCGAGGACUGGGCUGGGGUUUAUUUAAGCUUUUCUGUGUGGGUUUAGGGAGGGCGGGCACUUUAUUAUUAUUGGGACCGGUUGGGGUGGGGGAGGAUCUCUGCCGUAAAGUGCCGGUUUGCUUAGUUCUCACUGUCUCCGGGUCCGUCCCGCCCUGCGCUAGGGAUGCGCGGCCGCCGCGGUUCCUCGCCGGUCGCCGGGGGCACCGGGCUCUUGCAGGCAGCCUGUCCGCAUCCUGGGUACUCAGAGGAUUGCCCGCAUGACGUCUUCAAUAAAUUAAGUUUUAUUUGGA